GGAAGUCGCACACGUCAUGCAGACUUUAGCAUGUGUGCUAAACCCCAACAAACAGCGAAAUUAUAUCAAACUAAACCAUAUUUGCGAGAAAACCACAAUCUGCUCUCACUCCGCCUGUAUUAUCAAUCGCAAAGAUAGGAUAAAACACACGCAUGUGCGUGAAGAAUGAUGCAUUUGUAGAAUGUGUGGAUUUAGCACUGGACUAUUGUUGUUCCUCACGUCAGUGAUGCCAACCUCCACUUAAAGAGACCAGCAGCCCUCUGUCUCACCUAUUGAACCUCUAAGAAAUACUUCUGGUUUCUCUAAAUGUUCAAGUAGAGAUAAGAAGUAGAAUAAUAUAAAGAUCAGUGCUGUGGAUCACUGUAACAGGGUAACUGCAUGAACUUUCCUAUAAGUAGGUGAAUGAAGGAUUCUUAUUGAGAUGCUGUAGGAGGGAUUGGUAAUCAAUACAGUGAUCAGAGCAUCGACAGAGAAGAUGGACAAGAAAUCCUUUCACAUCGUCUUGGACGAAAUUAGAAAAUGUGUUCUGACAGAUCAGAGAAUCAAAGCUAUAGAGCAAGUUCAUGGCUAUUUCUCCAGUGAGCAGGUGAUUGACAUUCUAAAGUACUUCUCCUGGGCAGAGCCACAGAUAAAGGCAGUCAAAGCCUUGCAACAUAAAAUGGUUGCAAUUCCAACAACCAAGGUUGCAAACAUCCUUAACAGUUUUACAUUCUCAAAAGACAGACUCGUUGUACUGGAACUCAUAGCUCUAAAUAUUUCUGAUGCCCAAAACUACCGUCCUGUGGAGGACACAUUCCGUAUACACCUUUCUGAGAAGAAACGUGCAAGAAGAAUCCUAGAGCAGGUAUGUAAGGUGGGAUGUAAAGCUCCAGUGGCGAUGAUUUCAUCUUGCGGGAUGAUCCCAGGGAACCCUUACCCCAAAGGCAAACCCAGCCAGGUCACUGGAACCUUUCCUGGACUUUCUGCCAAAAAGGAGGGAGAGGAUGCAAACUUAGAAGGAAAGGGCAUUGCUGCGUGCAUCCUCGGACCAAGCAAACCGUCACCUUCAACUUACAAUCCACACAGACCUGUGCCAUACCCUAUCCCGCCUUGUCGGCCACACGCAACCAUCGCCCCAAGUGUGUACAACAAUGCAGCUCUGGUGUCAGUGGGUGGGGUCAUCACUGCCACUGUGCCACCCCCACCCUACCGAGCCACUCCCAAUUUGGCAGGUUACAGCCGACUCACCAGUCAACAAAAUCCAACCUCCAACGUCUCUGACACACCAGCUAUGUCUCCUCAUAGGUCCACCACAUCCACUCCUGUAACCUCUCAGGCUCAGUCUACCACACCUAUCACUCCAGUUUUCCCUGGCAUGGUACCGUCCCAGAACACUGUAACCCCCUCUCCUACUUCUGCCCCCUCACCCUCUGUCAUCAAAGGGCCUCCUGUCCCAGCCGUGUCUCCCCAUCCCAAUCAAAGUGGUCACACCACACCUAUUCCCUCCCCAUUUUCUGGCAUGCCCCCUUCAGGUAGAAACACCCCUUCGGUCAUCAAAACCCCAUCUGGAACACCCUGUGGUACGCCUGGUCCAUUUGCAAGCAUUCCCUCUUCUCCUUUCCAUGGUGCACCCCGCUCUGAAACUCCUACCGGUGGCCCUACACCUACUCCCAUUACUCCUUAUGUAUCUGCUAUGGGUUUACCCUCAAAGAAGGGUUAUCCACCUUCCUCAGAUUCCCAGACAGGUCCUACAUUUCCUGGUGCUCAACCCUCUACCCAGUCACAUUCAGUUAUCCGUAGUUACACACCCUCAGGAAUGUCCUCUCACACUCCUGGACGCUCUACUCCAGGCAUGCAAAUUGUCGGAGGUUUACCAGCAGUGUCUGCUGCUCCCAGCCCUAAGCCCUCUCCUGGCCUGUCCAACCAGGCAUCCAUGAGUAGCCCAUCUGGUGCAUUCUUUAGUGAGCAACAUGCUAGCUCCAUGGUCCGGCAUGGCGGAGGUAGUGGCAGCAACAGCCCUGUCCCUUCCGCUUUCAAAGGGCCCUCGCGAUCAGGCACCCCUUCCCUUAGCUCUCUAGUAAUGCCUAAUUCCACUGUCCUUGCCCGACCCGUGGGCAUGCCCUCGCCCCAGCCAUCUUUACCCAGCACUUCUAGUGUAGCUGGAUUCCACGGGCUUUCCUCCACGCUGGGCUCCCAGUCUGGGAGUAGCCCUGCCCCGCACUUCACAGCUAUCUCCCCCUUCCAGUCUUUAUCUACAGCUUCUCCUUUCCCUGGAGCCCAAUCCUCCAUUUCUACCUCAUCUACCCCCACUCCUCCUGCCUCAUCUGUAUAUUCAGGCUUGGCUCACUCUAGCGCUUCCAGUCCAUCCCCCUUUGGCCUGGGUAUGACCACCUCUCCCUCUAUGUUCCCGGGCCUUCCUCCUGGCACAAACCCUGUCUUCUCAGCUUUUGGAGGUUCUGGCCCCCCUGCAACAGGUAGCCCAGUGCUGUCGUCCAUAAUGGGGCUACCGGGAGUCUCCUCCUCUGUGGCCACUGUUGCACCUCUCCAGGCAGCAGCAGUAGCAGCGGCCGCCGCAGCAGGAGUCCCCGCAUCCUCUCAUGUGCUUCCUGGCUUCGCUUCUGCAUUCAGCUCUAACUUCAACCCUGCUCUGGUUGGCCAGGCUGGGCUAACAGGUAGUCUCCAAGCCCCUGGAGGAACAGGUUUCCCAGGGUUACUUUCUUUCCCCCCAGGGAUGCACAACUUCCCUACUACAGCAUCUCCAGCUGCUCUGUCUGGUCUACACAACCCUGCCAUGCAGUCCACACUUUUGCAGGCUCACUCAGCGUCAGCGCUGGACAGUUUCCCUCUUCAGACUAAUGGAUUCACUAACUACCCUGCAGCGGCUGGCUCAAGCUUUCCUCUGCAGCCAGGCCUGCACCCAUCUCUGGGUUGGCAGUAACUCCUCAUUGGGCAUAUGGAAAACUAAAUAACCUGUAUGUGUGAGUAAACAAUGACAAACACUGUGGUGCUGUAAAUGUAGUGGGUGUGCAUGGAAAAAGGUGCACCUAAAAAGCAAAUGUGGGUAGAAUUGAAAAACCACUGUGGCAGUUCUAUGGUAAUUUUCAAAAGAAGAGACUUAGCGUGUCAAAUCAAAACCUAACCUUGUUGUUUAGCACUCUGCACUUGCAGAAUGUCAUUGCUGGGUUUUCUGAUUGGAUUUUGAUUGUGUCUUGUGUUUGAAUGAACAAAAUGUGUACUAUUGUUUAGUAUUUUAGUUUGUAGCAGGGCCGUAACCACAAUAUACAUUGAGGGGGACAAGUUCCCCCCAAUAGUCAGAUAUGGCCCCCACCCCCCCAAAUAAUUGAUAUUCUUGUUGCUGUUCUGCUGUAGUCCAUUAUGCACUGCUGUCUAAUUAUAAUUUAGUUGUUGCAGGAAUAACUUAAUGGUUUAAAAAAGUAGAAUUUUUAGCGUGGUCAGUAGUCUAACACCGCUCAUCAAUGUCAUGUGAGAUAGCCAAUCAAAUAGAUUAAGGUGGGACUCAAGUUUAAUAAGAUAAGCGGGCCGGGAACCUUGUGGAUUAUUCCAGUGCUGCGCAUCAGCAAGCAGUUCAUUAUAAGAGUGUUUGUGUCAUGCAAGAUGUAAGUAUCUAACUAAACAUGCAAUAUUUGCCCACUGUUUUAUGAGUGAAAUGUUGUACUGACCGACAAUAAUUUCCAAGGGUGCAAAUUAUCCUCCAUUUGGUGAAAUUCACCAUUUUGAAUUGAAAAUAUGUCAUGUGCAGUACGUGAUUCGUAUGUCAUUCAUAAUUGUGAAUGUGAAAACAUUAACAGAGUAGUUUUCAGCAUAUCAGGCUUAAGACAAAGAGCAAAUGUGUGUACAUUAUAAAGGAAUUGAAUGAAUUUGGUAAUCUGGCAGGUUUUUGAAGGAGCUUUUUAGAAAAUUCAUUUGACAUUGUCUAAGAAAAUGAUCCAUAAAACACAAAGUAGAGCGUUAUCACCCUCAGAUUAGAACUGUGACUUGAGGCUUCCAUUGAGUUUUUAGGUUGUGACAAGGACAGACUAGUGGCAUAUAUUUUUAGUGCAAAUAUGAUUAGGUAAUCAUUAACAAUCAAUUUAAGAUUUUCUAAAUCAUUUCUUUAUGUCUGAAUUCUGAAUUUUGUACAGCAUCUCCUAAGAGUCUUCUUUUUAUAAGAGACCGUUUUAUUUUGAGUAUGUCCUUGUCAGGUCUGUGCUCAAAAAAUGAGCCCCCAGUUAAAGGAGCAGUUCACCUAAAAACAGAAAAACUUAUUUUACUCACUCAUUUACUCACCCUUAGGUUGUUCAAAACCCAUAUGCUGUUACUUUUUCUUAGAACAUAAAAUAGAUAUUUUAAGCAGCUCUGUUCCGUAGAGUAACAGUUUAUAGUGAGCAGGAGCUGUCAAGCUUCAUAAAGGACAAAUACUAUAAAGCACUAUUAAAGGUUCAGCAUAAAGACAUCACAACAGUAGUCCAUAUGACUCGUGCAUUAUAUUCCAAGCUUUCUGGGGCCGUACAACAGCUUUGUGUUAUAUGGAUAACUUUUAUGAUAUUUUAAUAAUGAUUUUUCCCCUCUUUAUGCCUUGAAAGCAGUGGCCAAUAUGAACUGUUUUUCUAUGGAAAAGAGCAGCAUUCGUGUUCUCGAAGAAAAGAUUGUGUUAAGAUUCUACUGAGGGAAAAAACUCAAUGAGAGAGAACUUGAGGGCAGUAAAUAAUUUUGUGUAUUUUCUUUUUGCUAGCCAGCUGACACAGUCAUGUCAUUUUACAGAUACAUCAGUGAUGAAAAGAAAUUCAAAUUAUAUUCGUCUUUUCUUUGGGACAGCACAAAAAAUGAAAGAAAAGAUGACUGAAACAGGCAAAUUGCUAGCAAUGCAGACACAGUGUUUGUCUUGUACUGUGUAAACUUAAAAAAAACGUACUGUAUCUGUUAAAACCAAAAAUUAUCACAUUUUUGGCCCUUACCGCAUUUGAAGGUUUUAGUCAGAAAAUUAUUGCAUUCAGCGCCCCUGCCCAAACCAAAACAUGGUUAUGGCCUUGGUUUGUAGUAAUUAGGGCAAUUAAUUAAUUUUACAUUUACACCAGUAGAUUAACUGUGAAUAGUGUGGGUGUGUAAAUUUUACUAUAAUGUUUUUGCCCUGUAUUCUGAAAGUUAGUGGGUUAACUGAACUUUUCAAAUGUCUUUGUCAAAUACUGUACAUGUACGGUAAAUACCCUUUGAGAAUGGGUGUUUGCUCUUUGUACUGUAGCUGUUUUGUUGACUUUUUGUUUUUUACCAUGCAAACUUCUCUACAGGAGUUUUUUGUGAUCAAGUUGCCUUGCAACUCUUAAGGUAACUUAAGUGUUACGGUUUUACAAUUUUGCUGAUGUUAAUGUCAGUACCGUACAUUUUGCAUGUAUAUAAUGUGUAGAUCUCAGAGUCUGCAGCACUCCUGUUUGUUUCCACCAUUAUAUAUUAUAAAAUAUAUUGAAUAAAAUGGUAGCUUUAGACUAGUAUGUUAUAAUGCUAUAAUUAAA